AGAGGGAGCGGGCCGUGCGCUCCGCCCCCUCCCCCCGGGCUGCCGCCGCCACCGUCGCCACCACCCCCUCGCCGCCUCAGCCUGGCGGGGAGGAGGAGGAGGAGCAGCAGGCCUCCGGGCCCUGGCACCGCCGCCCGCAGGACAUUCUGAUUCAUUUGCAUCCUUGAAGAGCAUCGGUAGAAGAGGAAGGAAAAGAUGGGUGUGAAAACAUUUACUCAUAGCUCUUCUUCCCAUAGCCAGGAAAUGCUUGGAAAGCUAAAUAUGCUUCGAAAUGAUGGACAUUUUUGUGAUAUCACUAUUCGUGUCCAGGACAAAAUCUUCCGGGCACAUAAGGUGGUACUAGCAGCUUGCAGUGAUUUCUUUCGCACCAAACUUGUAGGCCAAGCAGAGGAUGAGAACAAGAAUGUGUUGGAUUUGCAUCAUGUCACAGUGACUGGCUUUAUACCCCUUUUAGAAUAUGCUUACACAGCCACUCUGUCAAUUAACACAGAAAAUAUCAUUGAUGUUCUAGCUGCAGCCAGCUAUAUGCAAAUGUUCAGUGUUGCUAGCACCUGCUCAGAGUUCAUGAAAUCAAGCAUUUUAUGGAAUACACCCAACAGCCAACCAGAAAAGGGUCUAGAUGCUGGACAAGAAAAUAACUCUAACUGCAAUUUUACGUCUCGAGAUGGAAGCAUUUCUCCAGUGUCUUCAGAGUGCAGUGUGGUAGAAAGAACCAUUCCUGUUUGCCGAGAGUCGAGGAGAAAGCGCAAAAGCUACAUUGUUAUGUCUCCUGAAAGUCCUGUGAAGUGUAGCACACAAACAAGUUCUCCACAGGUAUUGAAUUCUUCAGCUUCCUACUCAGAAAAUAGAAAUCAACCAGUUGACUCUUCUCUAGCUUUUCCCUGGACUUUUCCUUUUGGAAUUGAUCGAAGGAUUCAGCCUGAUAAGCUUAAGCAAGCAGAGAAUACCCGGACUUUAGAAUUACCUGGCCCAUCUGAGACAGGUAGAAGAAUGGCUGAUUAUGUGACUUGUGAGAGCACAAAAACUACCUUACCUCUGGGUACCGAGGAAGAUGUCCGGGUCAAAGUAGAAAGGUUAAGUGAUGAGGAGGUCCAUGAGGAAGUAUCCCAGCCUGUCAGUGCAUCUCAGAGUUCACUGAGUGAUCAGCAGACAGUGCCAGGAAGUGAACAAGUCCAAGAGGACCUUCUGAUUAGUCCACAGUCUUCCUCUAUAGGUUCAGUAGAUGAAGGCGUCACUGAAGGGUUACCUACACUUCAGAGCACUUCUAGCACCAGUGCUCACGCAGAUGAUGAUGAUCGAUUGGAAAAUGUUCAGUAUCCCUACCAACUCUACAUUGCUCCUUCCACCAGCAGCACAGAACGGCCAAGUCCAAAUGGUCCAGAUAGACCUUUUCAGUGUCCAACAUGUGGGGUGCGAUUCACCCGUAUUCAGAACCUGAAACAGCACAUGCUCAUCCACUCAGGAAUUAAACCAUUUCAGUGUGACCGCUGUGGGAAAAAGUUCACCAGGGCUUACUCGCUAAAGAUGCAUCGCCUAAAGCAUGAAGGUAAACGCUGUUUCCGGUGCCAGAUAUGUAGUGCCACUUUCACUUCCUUCGGGGAAUAUAAACACCACAUGAGGGUUUCCCGGCACAUUAUCCGCAAGCCUCGGAUUUACGAGUGCAAAACAUGUGGCGCCAUGUUCACCAACUCUGGAAAUUUAAUCGUGCACCUGAGGAGUCUGAACCAUGAAGCGUCAGAGCUAGCAAACUACUUCCAGAGCAGUGAUUUCCUAGUACCGGACUACUUAAACCAGGAGCAAGAAGAGACCCUUGUUCAGUAUGAUCUUGGAGAACACAGUUUUGAAAACAACUCCUCUGUCCAGAUGCCUGUAAUUUCACAGGUCUCCUCGACCCAGAAUUGUGAAAGCACUUUUCCCUUGGGGUCUCUUGGUGGGCUGACAGAAAAAGAGGAGGAAAUGCCAGGGCAGCCAAAGACCAGUGCUUGUGCCGAGGCAACCAGAGAGGAACCCCCAAAAUCAGAGCUGUCUUCUGUAACUAUUGAGUAAUUUCAUGGUUUGGCUUCAUUUUUGAUUUUUGGAAAGUGCCUGUGCUUGGUCUUGUACAUUUGAAUUUAAUUUAACUUUUUAAGCAAAAAAGGGUUUGGGAAAGAAUUUCCCUUUUUACUUUGUAAGUUCUGCAACUGAUGUUUUAUUUUUCAUGACUGAGAGAUUGCUUCUGUAAGUGCACAGUAACAUGGUGUUGAAAUAUAAUAGAAACCUUGAGACUUAAGGAGAACCAGCUGACUUAAAACUGGUAUCAGUUUCCUCUUCCAUUAUCAGGAGUAGGCUAACAACAGAUCACUAGGUCAAGAAGAAAUCAGAUGAUUAUUGACCUUCCUGAAAUGAAAGCGUACACCAGAGACAUAUUACAGAACGAAUCUGGCAGAUGGCCUGAAUAGAUGUUUACUCCUAUACACAGGAUAUUGUACAGUCUUUUGUAAAGCCUGUUGUUUUUGGAAGUAUUUAUGGUGAGCUCUCUUAAAAAUUAUUAGGGUAUAUACUUCUGAAAUCCCACGUGUUUUGUGUUUUUUUUUUUUUAA